CCUGGGCAGAGAACAUGAAAAAGGUGCCAUUAAGACGCUGUAGAAGUCGACAAACAGUACACAAUCAAACCACACUCAGUAAUAAACACAUUCAUUAUGUAUUUAUAUUAAGUUAAUCGUUAUAUAUCGCGGAAUUACGCCUAUUCGUUAUCUUUCAAAAGAAACGGAAAUAUAUAUAUAUAUAAAUGAUUAUUUGACAUCCCCCGGUCACAUGAAUGCCUCAUCACAGUGAUAGCUGUUAAAAAUGAAUAAAUUAGCACCUACGGUUUAAAAAACGGCAUUUAAAGCAUAAAAAGCGAUUUUUAAAAAGAUAGUCCACUCCGUAUCUUAUCGGGCGCAGGCCUGAGCCGUUGCUUUUGCGCGGAUAAACAGCAGCUGUGAGCCGCCGACUGACGACGAGGAAACCCGAGGUUUAACCGGAUUUCAAGGUCUCUAUUUAAAAAGAAAACAUACUACAUCCUGAAAUACAUGUAUGAAUGCAUUAAAAAAUUAUUUGACUGAGAUCGGAACGGCGUCGCGGGCGAAACAGCAGCUAUAAUCCCAGGACUGCUUUUCCUGCUUGGUGCUGUUUUCUGCACAUACGCGGACGGAUCUGUGCCGCUGUCCCUCCGUUGCCGUCACGGCCUCCAUUUUGAGCUUCUUCUUCGUCCGCUCACCGCCUCACGUGUCCUGGACUGUCUUUCUCACAUGACCCGUGUGUUUGUCCCCGUGAUCAGCGCUUCCAUCUCCGUAAAUCAGUGUCGUUGAAUAUCGGCAGCUUCAUGGAUAUGCUGGAGCAGAGUCUGGACAGCUCGGCGAGUCACGAAAAACAGGAACCAGAGGAGGUGGUACAGUUACAGGAAGGAGAAACGGUGGGGGAGGAGCAGACUGCAGUGACCAUUGCUGGUGUCCAGCAGGCUGCGUUUGCUGACCAUAAUGUUCAGUAUCAGUUUCGUACAGAGAAUAAUGGAGGACAGGUGACCUACCGCGUGGUCCAGGUGACAGAUGAUCAGCUGGAAGCAACAGCUGAUGGAACUGGAGCCGUGAGCGUGGUUUCCACAGCAGCGUUCGCCGGCGCUCCUCAGGCCGUGGCUCAGGCUGUUAUCCAAAAUCCCUUCAGUAACGGCGGCAGCCCUGGCAGUGAAACAGUGGGCGGAGAGACGCGUUUUGCUUAUUUCCCCGCCGCUACUGUUAGCGAUGGAACGGCCACGGCCGUAUCGGUGCAGGCCACCACUGACCCCACGAUCACGCAGGCCGGAGGUCAGUUUUACGUCAUGAUGAGCCCCCCCGAGGUGCUGCAGACCACGGCCCCUCGCAACAUCGCCCCCCGCACACACACAUACACUGCGGACCUUGGUGAGAGCGAGAUGUUGCAGCACGGCAGUACAAACUGGAAGGUGGAGGGUCCGCGGGCGCCCAGGGACGAGAGGCGACGAGCUCAGCACAACGAAGUGGAGAGAAGACGACGAGACAAAAUCAACAACUGGAUCGUUACGCUGUCCAAAAUCAUCCCCGACUGCAGCGUGGACAGUCGGACUGGAGCAGUGAGUGACAGCAGAAGCAAAGGAAGCAUCCUGUACAAGGCCUGCGACUACAUCCGGGAGCUGCGUCAGAGCAAUCAGCAGCUGCAGGAGAGCUGCAAGGAAGUGGAGCGGGUCAAGAUGGACAACGAGCUGCUACGACAGCAGAUCGAGGAGCUGAAGAACGAUAACGCGCUGCUCCGAGCUCAGCUACAGCAGCACGGCGUAGAGAUCAACGGUGACGCCACACCGCAGUGACUGUGGACCAGGGGCACGUGUAAAAACUCCACGGCGGUUGCCGCGUCCUCCCUCUUUUCUGAACACUGCGUGGAAAAGAGGAGGAGCGGCGACGAGGGACGAGUUCCUUCUGACUCUGGACCACGGACACCACACACAGCAGCAGGGAACGCUGAAGGACUGCAAACUCAGACCGCCUCAUCCACCUACAGCAGAGGAAACUCUUCUCCUCUGAAACCCGUCGGCCGCGUGACCGAGCGAAACGCUCGCCUCCGUGCGGAGGACCUGGACGCCGCAGCACAGAGCCUGCGGCGAACUCUCCUUUUACUCCUUACUUUUAGUUUCCUUGCUUUUUGCUCCCCUUUUAUCUCAAUACAAACUAAGUUUCUGCCCCUGUUUGGUUGUGACAUAUUUACUUUGAAUUCUUCAGUCUGUACCGAAAAAAGCCAGACUCUGACUUUGCGAUGACAGACAAACGCCCCGCUGACCAGGCGAUCGUCAGGACCACUGGGGGCGCUGCAGCUGUCGAUGGAAUGUGUGUAUUAUACCUAUAUAAAGUGAUAUAUAUAGUUAGAGGUCUACGUAGGGUCGUCUGCCUUCCUAACACUGACACUCCAAGCACUAGGCAGACUUCACACACAGUCAGCAGCUCAAAAACCCCGGCGGCCGCGGCCGUCACAGGUCCUGGCGGUGGUUUUCAUGUGGGAGGAGCCUGUCGGAGAUCGUUGACGUAGCUCAGGUAAAUGGAGGCAGUGCACUAAGUGAAGUCUUCACACGUAGACAGUUCAGGUCUUUGGUGUCCCGUAUCAGGUGCAAUGUUCCGCGUGAAUCUUUUUCUUAAAAAGGGGCAUUAAAAUAUGGUUGGUUUGUGAAUGUGCUUGGAGGUCGUCAGUGCCAUGCACUGAACCGGAGGUCAGCGGCCUCCGAUUGGUCCGAUUGUCCUGCUGCGGGUUAGGAGAAACCCGAGGUGUGUUUGUUUCUGUUUGUUUGUUUUGGUUUUGUUUUUUUCCUCCCUCACAUUCUUGUCACUUAUUUCAUAAACACCCGUUGGAAACAUGGCUGCUGACGGAAGACCUCAAAAACCACCCGGGGUCAGGGAUUGACGGUAACGAUGAAGAUAUUUGUAACUAACCAGUUUUUGUCUACACUGAAAGACUCCACAGCAUGGAAAUAAAACCACUGACAUGACUAACUCUGACGUUUCAAUAAAAACUGAAGUGUGA